CCGCGUGUGCACGCGGACGCCAUGGCCGAGCCCCUGAAGGAGGACGACGGCGAGGACGGCUCCGCGGAGCCCCCCGGGUCGGCCAAGGCGGAACCCGCCGGCCCCGCCGCCUCAGUGGCCGCCAAGAACCUGGCGCUGCUGAAGGCGCGCUCCUUCGACGUGACCUUCGACGUCGGGGACGAGUACGAGAUCAUCGAGACCAUCGGCAACGGGGCCUACGGGGUGGUGUCCUCCGCGCGCCGCCGCCUCACCGGCCAGCAGGUAGCCAUUAAGAAGAUCCCUAACGCUUUUGACGUGGUGACCAAUGCCAAGAGGACCCUCAGGGAGCUGAAAAUCCUCAAACACUUCAAGCACGACAACAUCAUCGCCAUCAAGGACAUUCUGAGGCCCACUGUGCCCUAUGGAGAGUUCAAAUCUGUCUACGUGGUCCUGGACCUGAUGGAGAGUGACCUGCACCAGAUCAUCCACUCCUCGCAGCCGCUGACGCUGGAGCACGUGCGCUACUUCCUGUACCAGCUGCUGCGGGGCCUCAAGUACAUGCACUCGGCGCAGGUCAUCCACCGUGACCUCAAGCCGUCCAACCUGCUGGUGAACGAGAACUGCGAGCUCAAGAUCGGGGACUUCGGCAUGGCUCGCGGCCUGUGCACCUCGCCUGCCGAGCACCAGUACUUCAUGACCGAGUACGUGGCCACGCGCUGGUACCGCGCCCCCGAGCUCAUGCUCUCGCUGCACGAGUACACGCAGGCGAUCGACCUGUGGUCUGUGGGCUGCAUCUUCGGGGAGAUGCUAGCCCGGCGCCAGCUCUUCCCGGGCAAAAACUACGUGCACCAGCUGCAGCUGAUCAUGACGCUGCUGGGCACCCCGUCGCCGGCCGUGAUUCAGGCCGUGGGGGCUGAGCGGGUGCGGGCCUACAUCCAGAGCCUGCCGCCGCGCCAGCCUGUGCCCUGGGAGACCGUGUACCCCGGCGCCGACCGCCAGGCCCUCUCCCUGCUGGGGCGCAUGUUGCGUUUCGAGCCCAGUGCCCGCAUCUCAGCGGCUGCCGCCCUUCGCCACCCCUUCCUGGCCAAGUACCACGACCCCGAUGACGAGCCUGACUGUGCCCCACCGUUCGACUUUGCCUUUGACCGCGAAGCCCUCACUCGGGAGCGCAUUAAGGAGGCCAUCGUGGCCGAGAUCGAGGACUUCCAUGCACGGCGCGAGGGCAUCCGCCAGCAGAUCCGCUUCCAGCCUUCCCUGCAGCCUGUGGCCAGUGAGCCCGGCUGCCCCGACGUCGAGAUGCCCAGUCCCUGGGCUCCCAGCGGGGAUUGUGCCAUGGAGUCCCCCCCGCCGGCCCCACCGCCAGGCCCUGGCCCCGCGCCCGACACCAUCGAUCUGACCCUGCAGCCGCCCCUGCCGGCCAGUGAGCCCGCGCCUCCGAAGAGGGAGGGAGCCAUCUCGGACAACACCAAGGCCGCCCUCAAGGCCGCCCUGCUCAAGUCCUUGCGGAGCCGGCUCCGAGACGGCCCCAGCGCCCCCCUGGAAGCUCCUGAGCCUCGGAAGCCGGUGACCGCCCAGGAGCGCCAGCGGGAGCGGGAGGAGAAGCGGCGGCGCCGGCAGGAGCGCGCCAAGGAGCGGGAGAAGCGGCGGCAGGAGCGGGAGCGCAAGGAGCGUGGGGCCGGCGCCUCCGGGGGCCCCUCCGCGGACCCCCUGGCGGGGCUGGUGCUCAGCGACAACGACCGCAGCCUGCUGGAGCGCUGGACCCGCAUGGCGCGGCCGCCGGCCCCCGUGCCCCCGCCGCCCCCUGCCCGGCCCCCCAGCCCGCCCGCAGGCCCUGCGGCCCGGCCUGCUGGCCCCCCGCCGCGGCCCGCCCGCCCAGCCCCUGCGCCCGCACCCGCUGCACCCCAGACCACCGCCGCCUCCGGCCUCCUGGCCCCCCGGCCGCUGGUACCCACCGCCGGGCCCCCCGGCCCCAGCGCCCCAAGUGUUCUCCCGUUCUUCCCCUCUGGCCCACCCCCUCCAGACCCCGGGGCGGCCCCUCAGCCCUCCACCUCAGAGUCACCCGACGUCACCCUGGUGACCCAGCAGCUGUCCAAGUCCCAGGUGAGGGGAGGGGCCUGCUCGUGGGGGCGCCUGGACCUGAACCCAGGGGAAGUGGGCUUGCGACGUCACUGGGGGCGGGGGAGGCUGUGCCGUGUCCUCGUCCCACGAGAGCUGAGCGGCAGGCGGGGCUCGAGCUCUCCUACGCGGCCCCCGCCCGCUCGCAGAAAGAGCAGAACGCUGACGAGACCCAGCCCGCAGUCAGGGCUGUCGGGGCUGCUGCUGUCAGCGCAGGCGUCUGGGCCCACGCGCAGGCCGCAUCCGGGUGGGCUGCCCUGCGGACCUCCGUCGGCGCUUGGUGGCGCCUGUGUUGUAAGCUGCCAUCGUCCCCUGCAGGUGGAGGACCCCUUGCCCCCCGUGUUCUCGGGCACCCCGAAGGGCAGUGGGGCUGGCUACGGUGUCGGCUUUGACCUGGAGGAAUUCCUAAACCAGUCUUUCGACAUGGGCGUGGCUGACGGGCCACAGGACGGCCAGGCCGACUCGGCCUCGCUCUCAGCCUCCCUGCUGGCGGACUGGCUCGAGGGCCAUGGCAUCAAGCCCGCCGACAUCGAGUCCCUGCAGCGCGAGAUCCAGCUGGACUCCCCCAUGCUGCUGGCGGACCUGCCGGACCUCCAGCAGCCCUGAGGCCCGCCGCCCGUGCCUUGCUGCCGGGGCGACAGCUCCGCGACCCGCAGGACCGUCCUGAGCGCUGCAGCCCUGGGCCCGGCGGGGGACGCUCAGUGCGGAUGAUUCUGCAGGUUCAUCUCAGACCCACCUGCGACCUUAAGCAGCCACCUGAGCCACCACGAGCCGUGGCAGGAGGGGACCUUGCCUCCUGGGCGAUCUUGUUCAGUAUUUUUAUUAUUAUUAUUGUAUUGUUAUUAUUA